AGAAACUAUAGAUAUCCCACAAUCACAAUUCAACAUCCGCCCCAUGUCCACUCGCCCUCAAAGACCCCCCCGCUCCACUGCGACCUGACCACUCUCUCGCCUUUACCCUCCGAAGUCAUCUCCCUCAUCUACACCUACUAUCUCGCCCAAAACCCCAUCGAGAGUCGAAGUCAGUUCCUCAAUCUCAUCACACUGUCCAAGAAGGUCUAUUCAGAAAAUGCGUGGAGGCUGUAUGAAGCUGUCGAGCUGAAUGAUCAGAAUCACAAGGCGUUUUUUGACGGAUUAUGGAGCGCCAGGGAUAUUCACGUUUGUCAGAACCCGUGUCCUCCUCACCUCCGGUGCGAGGCUUCUGCAAAGCCGUCGCACGGGAAAUCGAGGGAUACUAGCAUCCCAAACGACGGUUGAGACGACCAUCCCACAUCCCGUCCAAGAUUUCCUACCAGAAAUACGAGUACGAAUCCUGCAUCCCCUUCCAUCUCCAUCCUUCCAUCCGAAAACUCCUCCUCAUACGCCAAUGUCGCAGGCUCUACAUCGACAGCUGGCAGGCCUUUGUCCGACUUCGAAAGGAAAACGAAUCGGUUCGUGACGCCGUCAAUGCGUGGCCUGCGGGACACGACAUCCGUCAUGCCGAUACCUGGAUCUCAGACCCCCUCUUUUUCUCCGUCACCCAUCUCUCUUUCGGAAUUCACGUCUCAUUGGUUGCUCUUCUUCCCACCAGCGACGAGAGAUCUGCGGUCCAGUACAAGUCGUUCGGGCCGGCGCUCAAGCAUGUCUGCCUGAGCUUCAACGACACAUUUUACGAUUUGGAACCCGAAUACGAGGAUGCAGCCCAAUUUGGGCUCCUGGAUGAGUUCAAGGAAAGAGAACCAAGGGAGGGCAUCACAAAGCUGCUUCGAGAGCGACUAUCUCUUGCGCUUAGGCCCGAGGUGGAUGAGAUGUCCUUGACGCUACACAACGCGUGGCCCGACGAUUUUGAGCCUGGGCUGGCCGUUACGAUGAUCUAUGAACUGCCGAGGAAUACGGAGAAUGGUGACGGUGACUGGAAGAGGCAGAUCGCGAUGAUGACUUGGGAGAUGGAGGCUUACAUGUUUGAGUGGGAAGAGCGGAUGCAAGAUGACAGAUUGGGAGCCAACGUCUGGCGACCCACGAUGAAAUCAUGGAAGAUUCGAUUCACCAAUAUGGCGCCCAUCCCACCCAACACCGACAUCGUUUCGGCCAUCCUCAAUGAUUAUCUCCUCGGCCAAGAUGAACAUUUCGAUGGGUUGUUCAAGAAGUGGUGGGAAGAAGUCGUCAGCUUUGAGGGACCAUUGAAGUGCGACUGCUGCGAGAUCUUCAAGAAGAAACACCCUAAAAUCGACGCCUACAAGUACUCCUACAAUACUCGCCGGGAAAAUUUCGAAUCCAUUCGGGAAAGAGCGAAUGAAAUUCGCGAAGAUUACGAAUUUCUUAUAGGUGCUGAAGCCGCUUUUUACGAGUCUCAUUAUGCCCUACCCGAGUACUCCUGCGCAUAGUAUCUCUUGCCAUUUUUCCACUCAUCGCGCUCGUCAUUCCUUGCAUAUCGCCAGGCUCAGCGACAUCUUUGGCAAAGGCAAACAAGAGUGCGCAUCUUUCGCCUGUGAAGGUAUGACUUGCUCAAUUAUGUGUUACAGUACGAACGCGACUGUAGAAUAUACCAAGUAAAAACGGGCUCGUAGACGCGAAGCCCCUAUAUAUAUAUAUUCAAAUCCAUGGUCUUCUUCACCUAUUCAAGGGUAGGGGACACAGCUUCAAGGACGUGCUCCACGCACCACGGGCUGGGGAGAGUUUCUUGUCAAGGGGGCAGUUGGAGGAAGAUGGCAGGGAUGUCGAUGAUUAUAAACGCAACGCGAUAGAGAAAUGGGACUCGUACAUAGCGAUGUCCAGUGUAGGUCGUUUGCAUCAUGUGCCUGCCUACUUCGGGACAUGUCAGCUCAACUUUAUCGGCGGCGGCAACGCGGUGUACGACGAACACGUACGCUUGGGGCAUGCCAACGGCCGCAAACAAUCAUGUGCUUGUCAACUUCUUCCACACACUGACUUCUAUACUCGCACAGUACGAAGAGCACCAGUGACGCCAAAGGAUUGAGUCGAGAAUGUAUCCGGAUGAUGAGAA